AUGGAUUUCCUCGCAGAUUCUCAGCAAUCACAAGAGCUUUUUGAUCAAUCACAAGAACGCGCACGACCUCUGCCACCCCUAGAAGACACAUCAGAUACAUCGGGAGGUGAAGCGACCGUUUCCCAAGCACAGGGAGAAAAAAUACUGUUGAUGUUGUCAGAAAUUUUAAAGGAGCAGAAGAAAAUCAAAGAGGAUAUUGCAAGACUGCAGGGCCAAAGAAAUAAAUCAACGAAGGUUGCAGUUGAGGGAUCCACGAUUGAGAGAGAAUAUGUAAACUUCCUAAAAGAAAAGUUUAGCUCGAACCCAUGGAUAUUAUUUAAAGAUACGGACGUACAGGAGAUGCUCAGCACAUUAGCCAGUAAAGCUGGCUGGACUGGAAAUAUCUUUGGGGUCAUGUCCAGCUACGGGGCAACAAAAUUUACCUAUUAUCGCAACCAAAUCAGAGCAAAGCUGAUGGGUAACAAGGAGAUUGAUGUGGAAGGCCUCUCUCUCAAGUCCCUCCAUAACUUCUUGUGGAAGUGCUUUUUGCCACGCACAACACCUUUAUCGGAUCCAGGGAGGGAACACCUCACACUAAUGCUAAGAUCAUUUUGUGCCACGAACAAACUCUUUAGAAAAGGAGGUAAAGGAGAUUUCUCCUUUUGGACGGAAUUUAAAGAAUAUUUUAACAGAGUUGUCGAAGACAAGAGGGACGACAAAUGGAACAAGCUUCAAGAGAAAGAAGAAAAGAGGAUAAAGAAAUAUUUAGAAUAAGUGUUGCUGCUGUUUGAUAGAUCAAAAAACAAUGUUUUUUUCAAUUCAGUACUAAAUUUUUUAGUAUAAUGAUUGUAUGAUUUCUACAAUGUAUAAAUAUUAUGAAUCUGAAUGAAAAAAAUAAUGUGAUA